AUGGGUUCUCGCGUUUACUUAUUUUCCAAACUGUGCAGAUUUUGUCUCUGCCAGGAGCAGGAAAACCUCUACCCAUUAUCGAUUGUAAUCGACAACUCACUUACUGUGCAGGAUAUUCGACUGCUGACCGGUAUUCAGAAUCUGGAAGAUAACAUCGCCCCCUACGUGGUUUGUGAAGUUUGCUACGAAACGUUGAAUAAGUUUGUAACGUUUCGUGACACAUGCACGAAGAAUGAUACAAUCUUUUGGCGAACCUGUACGGAAUCUAGCGAAGAUGGAACAAACGGUGCAAAUCCCGAAGAUAUACUUGACGAUGAAACAGAAGCGAACGAGAUCAGCGUUUUGUAUGAAAUUUACGAAAGUGAAACGGAAAACAACGAAGCUACAAAUGGUGAACGUUUACCAACGAAAAGAAAAAGGAAACAUGUACAAGAAGAUUCUAGCAAGAAGCUGUGCGAUAUUUGUGGUUCCUUUGUAACGGAAAUUGGUGCACACAGGCGCGUACACACAAAGGAAACACCAUAUACCUGCUCGUACUGUGGUAUCAGUAUGACACACAAUUCGAAUCUACUACGUCAUAUAGAUUCUGUACAUCUUAAGCGUAUAAUUAAACGUUGUGAAGAAUGCGACAAAGGUUUUACUAGCUAUUUUUCCUACGGUUCCCACAUGCGAUCUCAACACUCAACCGGGAAGAAAUACGAAUGUAAAACGUGCUACAAAAGAUUUAACCAUCAUAGCAGCUUGUGGCUACACAACAGACGGGCCCACAAUGACGAAAGAAAAUUUAAAUGUACCGUGUGUGGUCUGGACUGGAAAACCAAAGAGUCACUCAAAACACACCAAAGGUCACACUCGUCGGAGCGACCGUUUACCUGUCAGCAUUGUUCGAAACAGUUCAAAACGCGAUACGGAUGGAAGUCGCAUGAGCUAACGCACACUGGCAUUUUAUUUAAUUGCCAAUUUUGCGACAAAACUUAUCGCUACAAAACACUCAUCAAUGCACAUAUGCGAACCGUUCAUCCGGAAGAGAACCAAUCGGCAGCGGAAUGA